AUGAAGGAGGAUCCAAAGGGGAGGCAAUAAAUAGUUAGUUGUCCAAGUAAAAGUGGACCUAUCAAUUGCAGGGGAUCCGACCCCUUCCCGCACAUACUGCUCAAUGAACUAGUCUGAACUCCAUUGUCACUCCCACUCCCCUCUUCAUUCCUUGUUCCAAUAAAUAUAUAAGCGCGCGCACACACACAUAUAUACUACUUAUAUACAAAUUUGCUAUUUUGAAAAGAGAGAGAUGGAGGAAGAACAAGAAGAAGUACUUGGUUCAAGCUUAACUAUGGAGAGAGUUGCUGCUGCUAAGCAAUUUAUUGAAAACCACUACAAAACUCAGAUGAAAACCAUUCAAGACCGCAAACAGAGGCGCUGGAUUCUAGAGAGGAAGCUAGCAUCUUCAGAUGUGCCUAAAGAGGAGCAAGUGAAUCUGAUCAAGGAUCUAGAGCGAAAGGAGACAGAGUAUAUGAGACUGAGGAGGCACAAGAUUUGCGUGGAUGACUUUGAGCUUCUAACAAUUAUUGGCAGAGGAGCCUUUGGCGAGGUGCGUUUAUGCAGGGAGAAGAAAUCAGGCAAUAUUUAUGCUAUGAAGAAAUUGAAGAAAUCGGAAAUGCUUAUAAGAGGACAGGUGGAGCAUGUCCGAGCAGAAAGGAACCUGCUGGCAGAAGUGGCCAGCCACUGUAUUGUGAAAUUAUACUACUCAUUCCAAGAUGCUGAGUAUCUUUACCUUGUCAUGGAAUAUCUUCCUGGUGGUGACAUGAUGACACUGCUGAUGAGAGAAGACACACUGUCAGAAAGUGUAGCUAAAUUUUAUAUUGCUCAAAGUGUCCUAGCUAUAGAAUCUAUUCACAAGCAUAAUUACAUUCACAGAGAUAUCAAACCUGACAACCUUCUUCUGGACAAAACUGGUCACAUGAAGCUCUCUGAUUUUGGUCUCUGUAAGCCCCUUGAUUGUAGAACUCUAUCUACAUUAAAUGAAAAUGAAGCCAUGGAUGAUGAGAAUAUAAGGGACCCGAUGGACAUUGAUAGCAGCUUCCCAGAUACCAAUGAUGGAAGUAACUGGAGAAGCCCCCGUGAACAGCUUCAGCAUUGGCAGAUGAACAGGAGGAAAUUGGCCUUUUCAACAGUGGGUACGCCUGACUAUAUUGCUCCAGAGGUACUGUUGAAGAAGGGGUAUGGAAUGGAGUGUGACUGGUGGUCCCUUGGUGCAAUUAUGUAUGAAAUGCUCAUUGGUUACCCUCCGUUCUACUCUGAUGAUCCAAUAACUACUUGCAGGAAGAUUGUCCAUUGGAGAAAUCAGCUGAAAUUUCCCGAAGAUCCCAAACUGUCAGCAGAGGCAAAGGAUCUCAUUUGCAGGUUGCUAUGUGAUGUUGAACAUAGACUUGGCACUGGAGGAGGUGCAAACCAAAUUAAGGUGGCCUCUUAUCAGGCUCAUCCUUGGUUCAAGGAUAUUGUGUGGCAUAAGCUUUAUGAAAUGGAGGCUGCCUUCAAACCAGAAGUUAAUGGGGAGCUGGACACUCAGAAUUUUUUGAAGUUUGACAAGAUGGAUCAUCCAACACCGGCAAGAUCUGGUUCAGGUCCUUCUCGGAAGAUAUCAUUAACACCCAAAGAUUUAAGUUUUGUUGGCUAUACAUACAAAAACUUUGAUGCUAUCAAAGCACUACGCAACUAUUCGGAUCCUACGAGGAGUACAUCACCUAGACGAUCGAUUGAUUCCAUAUUUGGUGAUUCCAAGGACUAUCCUUCAACGAACGGAAUAGCUGGGGAAACAGAUGUACAGAUGCUUACACCAACCAGUGAUGCAAUGUUACCAUGACGAUGCAAAUGUUAUAUUGAACGAAACUUCUACCGAGGGGAGGUAGCAUACACCUGUUGUAUUUGAUCAGGUUGCUCACCCUUUUAUUAGCAUUCAGAAUGGUGUCUGCUUUUUGCAGAACCAUUAUCUAAGUGUACAGCAGAGCUUUCAGAAACUAUGUUAACUCGUAGGACAUGAAAACUAUUUGAAAGGAAGAUCUGUGCUAUAGAAACUUAGAAUAGGCUGCUUGAUGUAUUGUUGUCCUGACUGCCCAGGUUGGCACUUAAAAGCUUUCUCUUGUGGCAGUUUUUGGUCAGACAAUUUAUUAAUGGGAAAAUAUUCAGCAACUUUUAGAAUUAA